GAUACAUUACAGCUACUGCCGCAGGGGAAACCCUCUUCGAAUGAGGAGACUGCUAUGAGAGUAUGAUUUUCCAGACAUAGUCAACAAAGAGCUUGUGAGUGAGUGUGCAAUUGUGUAUUUCGGAGCGUUUCUCUAACUCUCAGCCUCUCAGUUUCCCUUUCGGAGUGGAUGGUGUCUGAGGUCCCUGGUGUGACGGGUGUCUGAUUAAUUUACUGGCAGGCUUUUACAGGACAGGCAGGAAUGCAGGCCUCACCUACAUCCAAAUUGUCAUGGUUGCUGUUGCUAUGGUGCGCUGUCUUGACAGCAGCCUUCCUGGGAAUGGCCUUCUUUCUUGUAACAGGGCAACAUUGUGACAAAAACAAAGAGGUAGACAAAGAUGCAACUAAAGUUAAAGCAAGUGGACAAAUGGGGCAACGAUACAACAGCACUUCUACUGCAGCGCCCCCUACAGUCACCAGUAAGAUCUUACUCCCCAGUAUCGGUGAUCGCCGCAGACAAACGCCUCUCAUUCACUUGACCAGGACAAACGAAGGCUGGAAAAACUCCCAGAGCACAAGACGGAUCUCUCUGAAGUCCGACGUCAUCGUGAUAGAAGACGACGGAUACUACUAUGUGUAUUCACAGGCAACUUUCCUGGUGAAAAGAGCAGGUGUACAGCUAGGCAUGAUCCUCUUCAAAAACAGCCCCAGCUACCACAAGAACAAAACCAUCUGCGAAUCCAUGGACUCUCCUUACUGGGAGCAGCGGCCCCUAUCCCGGACUCUGUCCCAGGGCACAGUGGUCAAGCUAGAGGAGGACGAUGAGCUCCAACUCGCUGUCCAGCCAGAAGAAGACCUCGAUCUCGACUCCAUGUUCUUCGGAGCCUUCAAGAUUUCAGAAUGAUCGCUGAUUUUAUAAAAACUAAGCAACCGAAACGUCAAAUUCUAAUAUGAGGGUCACAUUUUGCCCUGAUCACAGCCUUGACAUGGCAUAGACCGCAAGGUGUUAGAAGGUGCCUCGAAGGAUCUUGUGUAUUUUAUACAGUUGGCGAGGCAGAUCGUGGUAGUGAAUUGUCUUGAGCCCGUUGCUGCUUUAGCUGCUUAGCGCAUCGGCUAUCUGAGAUCUGAGCAGAUCACAAUCUGAGAAAAAGUACUGAUCUUUUUUUUUGUUGAGCGGGUUUCUUUAGAAAUGUAGUGUGGAAUUGUACCAGCAGUUUUUUAAAAAUGAGAUUGUUCAGCUGUAGCCAAAGGUUUUGCAUCACCCUAUAGAA